GGUAGUGGUGGCGGUAGCGGUUUUUUCACAAGAGGUUAUGUUGCUGCGGCUUCGAUGACGCUCCUCUGACAGCAGUGGCGGUGACGGUGACGGUGGGACGGAGCAAGGGUGGCAACGGUCUCGUUGGGCAGUGUCGAAGUUGGCGCGAAGGGCAGAGAGGUCAGCUGUGAUCUGGCUUUGGUUGCGGUGGUAGCAGCGGAAGCGGAAGCCGCUGCAGUAGCAAAAACAGGGGGUGAGGAGGUGGGGCCGGGUGAAGCUGGUAGUUGUCCCGACUUUGUUAGGCGGAGACACAAAUUUUAUCCUUAUCCCCAUUUUCAUUCAUCUCCUUUUCCUUUACCUGUCACCUUGCCUUACGAGAGUGGUAAGUUCAGGAGCAUUUGCCACUGGCCACCGGAAACGCUGUCGACGGCGUGACACCGGCUUUGCAGUUAGCCUUACUCCUGCCACAGAGAGUAGGCGCCACCGACAGGAGCUACCGUCAUCCGUCAUUAUCGUAGAAAUUCUGAGCCCUCCCUGACGAGAGGAGGGAGCUCCAUCAAGCCCCUCUCGCACGCACGACGUUUCAGUAUCUUGUACCCGUUAACGGGUGCUUAUAAGGCACGCGCGUCAUCUGCCAGACAUCAUGAACGAGCUCGAUAGCCUUCGUCAAGAAGCGGAGACGCUGAAAAAUGCCAUUCGGGAUGCCAGGAAAGCAGCAUGCGACACGACCUUGGCCCAGGCUACAUCAGGCAUGGAACCUAUCGGUCGCAUACAAAUGCGAACGAGACGUACGCUUCGCGGUCACUUAGCUAAAAUUUAUGCGAUGCACUGGGGAAGUGACUCGAGGAAUCUAGUCUCUGCAUCGCAAGAUGGCAAACUGAUCGUUUGGGAUAGUUACACUACCAAUAAGGUUCACGCGAUCCCAUUACGGUCAUCAUGGGUAAUGACUUGUGCGUACGCGCCUUCAGGUAGUUACGUGGCAUGCGGCGGGCUGGACAAUAUCUGUUCCAUCUAUAGUCUUAAAACUAGGGAAGGGAAUGUUCGAGUGAGCAGAGAACUUCCAGGUCAUACUGGAUACUUGUCCUGCUGUCGAUUUUACGACGACAACCAAAUCGUCACCAGUUCCGGUGAUAUGUCUUGUGCUUUAUGGGACAUCGAAACUGGCCAACAAUGUACGUCGUUUAUCGGGCAUACUGGCGAUGUGAUGUCUCUGUCGUUGGCGCCGGAUACACGCACCUUCGUGUCCGGUGCGUGCGAUGCCAGCGCAAAGUUAUGGGAUAUUCGUGAAGGCUCCUGUAAGCAGACCUUCCCGGGUCAUGAGAGUGACAUAAACGCCGUCACGUUCUUCCCGAAUGGAUAUGCUUUCGCGACGGGCUCAGACGACGCGACCUGCAGACUUUUCGACAUUAGGGCGGAUCAGGAGCUCGCGAUGUAUAGUCACGACAAUAUCAUUUGCGGUAUCACCAGCGUAGCUUUCAGCAGGAGCGGUAGAUUAUUGCUGGCAGGCUACGAUGAUUUCAACUGCAACGUUUGGGAUUCUAUGAAGACGGAGCGAGCUGGAAUUCUCGCUGGGCAUGACAAUCGUGUGUCUUGUCUCGGCGUGACGGAAGACGGCAUGGCGGUGGCGACGGGCUCCUGGGAUUCGUUCCUACGCAUUUGGAACUAACUUGGGGCUGUCCCAAGGACGUUUCUUCAAAGAACCAACUACAGUCAACCAAUUUACAGCAUAAGAAUCAAGUACCACCAUCUGACCACCGAGCAAGUCGGCGUGCCAGCAGCCAAGACACUGGCAAACAAUUCGCCAGGUUCACCGGAGUUGAUGCUGAUCAGAAACUUUGGAUACCGGAUUAGUAGCAGUAGCAGCAGCAACGGCAGUAGUAGCAGCAACAAUAACAAUUAUGAGCGUAUGAAGACCCAUGAUAAUAGCGACAACAGCAACGGCGGUGAUUUCAAGAACGUUUUGGGUUAUGGUGGUAAAAAAGAUUCCCACGGCAAGCGCAUCGUAGUUGACUUGACCUGGCGACGCAGUAAAGUCGGCGACAAGGACCACGAAUAUCAACGCUUUUAAGAAUUCUCGAGUUAGAUCAAAUACGAAGAUACAUUGCAGAAAAAGACCGCGCGACGAAGGAUAAGACGUAAGAAUGGAGAACAAGCGCUAACAAGGUCGACAGUUAAGAACUCUGCGGCAUUGGGCGCAGACUUUUUUUUUAUCCUUCCCUUUUUCAAGGACUUUCUUCGCGAACCUUCGAGAUGCACGUGCUAGUUCACAACUUGAUAGUUCUUUUCCCACGGGGGCACUCCCAAUCGAGGAUUCCGAAGUUCGAAGGACGGACGACAAUCUCGCGUCGACGAUCGUCGAGAGAUUUUCAUCUCGAACCAAGGUUCAAGCGUUCACUGCCGAGGAAACACUGUUAAUGUUUGCUCCGGCGAUUAGCUACGAAUUAUUUUUCCCAUGCGCAAAAUGAAAUUUUAUUGAGCGUGAUACGACAUGUAAUCGUAAUAAUGCGUCACGACUCAGAGAUGAGAGACAAGCACAGUCAAGCUCAUAAUCCCAGUAAUGAUGCGUUCGAGUUUAUAUGGCGCACAUUGAACACACAUGUGUAUCGAUGGAGAUUUAUGACACGAAUUGCGUACACUUGCACGCGAAAACGGCGGAAUGAUGCGGAUCCAGCAGCCUCGAGACACAUCCAAGUCACACACAACUCGUCACGCGAGCUUUGCCCUCGUUCAUGAGCACCGUCAAACGGGAGAGAAAGAGAGAGAGAGGGGGGGAGAGAGAGAGAGAAAGAGAGAGAGAGAGGAUCAUUUUUCUUAUCAUGAUAAAAUACGCCGACUUUGCACCACUACAAUUAUUACUAUUACCAGCACCACAACCCUCUCGAUUGAUUAAAUGUAUCGUUAUUUAUUUUGUAUAGAUUUCUGCCAUAGGCCGUUCUGCGUCUACGUUUUUUGCGAGUAUGAAAGCGACUGAACACUUUGUACAAGAGAUUGAGAGAGAAAGCUGUGAGAAUGAGAGUCAGAGGCGCGCGGCCAAUUGU